AUGGGACGGCUACAACCAACAAUCGUUGUCACUCCACAGGCAAACAGACGUUCAGAUCGCGCCAAAAGGGCAAAGGAUACCGUCAACAAAGUUAUUCCGGACAUUCUCAAAUCCAGUCCGAGGGCAAGACAUGGCAUCCAUAAUGCUGUCUUGACGAGCGACCCCAAACCGGAGACAGACGCCGGAAGGCCUUGGGCGUCAAACCUGAUCAUUCGACUUAGCAAUACGGAUUCUCUCACCGCGGCACGUCGGAUCACUCAUUCAUCCCCGACUAGGUCAAGAAAUGUUUGCGUCCUGAACAUGGCCUCUCCCCUACGCCCUGGCGGCGGGUUUCUGGAUGGCGCGACCAGCGCGGAGGAAUUUUUGUGUAUGCGUACGACGCUGUAUGCUUCGCUCUGGGAUGAUUUCUACCGCCUUCCCGAGGUCGGUGGAGUUAUGACUCCGGAUGUCAUGGUGCACAGAGACAGUACUCCGGAAGCAGAGGAUUUACCGAAGCGGGAGCGCUUUUUCGUCGAUGUGAUCAGCGCAGCCAUGAUUCGAUUCCCCGAGACCAAUAGUGCACGCCCAGCCGAGAAGGAGGACGCUGAGGGCGGCUGCUCAUGUGGUGUGAGCUACUGUGAUCGUGACCGCGAACUUGUAACACACAAGAUGCGUGGCGUGCUGCGCAUGGCGCAAUCACAGGGAGCCGAGAAGCUUGUCCUGGGAGCGUGGGGUUGUGGUGCAUAUGGCAACCCAGUACGCGAGGUUGCAAAAAUCUGGAAGCGUGUCAUACUUGGUACUACCAGAAAGGCAGAGUCUUGGCCAGGUCUCAAGGAAAUAGUGUUUGCCAUUACUGAUCGUGGUCAACUGAAGGAGUUCGAGAAGUGUUUUGGAGAC